GUUUCUACCCACUCCUCUGUACGACUAAUCACCUUCUGAAUUCGUUUCCUCUCUCACAGCCUUGCUUUCCCUCACAUGAAUCUCAAACCCUAGCUGUUCUUGCGUGUUAGCCUUCCUCUUUCAACCUACUUCUCACCAAUCCAUCAAUAGAGUCUUUUCUGAUUGAUCUGAUGAUGAAUUGCUUUCGGCCGCCGCUUGAUGUGUAAUUGAAGCUAACGUUGCCGCCGAUUAUGGUAGAAUCAAUCGCGUAUCGACAGCUCAAAUCGUCCGCUGUUCAUCUGUCAUUUUUCCUCACGAGAACCCUAACUACUAUGGUUGAAUGCAUCAGCAGAAGUUGAAUACUUUAGCAAAUGGUUAUUGGAUUUGUUCACUCUGGGUUCCUGCUGUUGAAGAAUGACAAGUGGGACUAAGAAAAGAAGGGUAUAGAGAGUGGAAAGUGUAGCAAAGAAAUAAAAGUACAAGAGAGUGUUGCAAUGCUAUUUGAGGUGUGUUGUGGGGAAAGACUGUCGGAUAACAUGAUGGUAUGGGGCUUCAAAGGUCCACAAGUGCCUCGCUGGGACAUAAUUGCAGAGAAACUGGGUUUCAUGUUGGUCUUUGGAGAUUUAGUGUGGAUUGAUAUGACUCAAUGCAGGCAGAGAACUGUUCAAAAAAUGUGGAAGACUGUCAUACAUGGCAAGUCCUUGCAGGUAUUGAUCUUGCUGGUCAGAUUGUUUUGGUUCUAAUAGGCAAAAGCUGUGUUUUUUCUUUUGGCAGAGGAGAAUGUUAUUUUAAUUCAAAAGCUGAGAAAUGUUUUUAUCCUGCUUUCUUUUAACUGGGG